AUUCCAGAAUUAAAACAGACAUUUGAUCUGUUUGAUAAGAAUCAAGAUGGUAAAAUCUCUAGUGAGGAAUUAGGUUGUGUUUUACGAACAUUAGGUCAUGAUUAUACAGCUAUAGAAAUAGAUGAAAUGAUUAAAAAUGCAGACACCAAUGAGAAUGGUUAUGUAGAAUAUGAUGAAUUCCUUCAGUUAAUGAAACGCUGGUCUACUACCAAUCCACCAGGAGCAGCAGCUGUUGUUGAACCUGAACUUACUGAUGAGGAGAAACGGAAAGAAACGUUUGCUAUAUUUGAUAUGGAUGGUAAUGGUUAUAUAGAUGAACAUGAAUUAAGGUAUGUAAUGAGACGACUAGGUGAAAAUUUACAAGAAGCUGAUGUAAAAGCUAUGUUCCAGUUAGCUGAUUUAAAUGGUGAUGGCCUCAUAGACUACGAA